UGAAACAAUGAGGAGUCACACAGUUGAGGAAGAUCCCGACAGCUGAAUUAAUCCACCUUGCCGUGGCCAGACACUCACAUCUGACCUGUGGUAAGGUACAGUCUUACCAGCGGCAUCAUAUCUUAUCAAGCAGUGAAGUCUCGAUGACUUGCUCAGCCACGAACACACCAGUUGGGUGUCAGCGUUGACCAGAGCAGCAACAAUGGGAUCUCCACCCAGCUGAUAUCUAGCCACCUUCGAAAUACUAAAUUAAUCUCGAACAGGUGAAGUGGGAGCUGUAAACAAUGGUUGGAGUGCCUCGAGCGUUGGUGAGGUAGCUGCUAGAGUUUGAUGCAUGUGGCUUAUGGAUUUGUAAGAGACGUUAAGUGAAUUGGUCACAGCGAGUGAUGUGUGUGGCUCCUGGUGAUGUUAUGUACAGUUAAAACCUCACUAGUUACCCUAACUUUAAACAACAUUCCUUCCUUACUUACAUACUCUUCUUAUCUCCCUCUCUUAUCUAUCUUCGUUGUUUCGUAUAUCCUUUACCCUCUUCUUCCUGCCAUCUUAGUUAUCAUUCUCCUAUUUUCUCCCUCCUCUCCUUUUAGUCGUCCAUUCCUCUCUUCCUCCCAGACACUAUCCACCCAUCCCACGUCAGCAGAAACAACAGCAAUGACAACAACAAUGUCUUCUCUUCGUCACCUCGUCAUAGCAGCGUUGGAGUGGGUGUUGGCGGUGGUGUUUGGGGUGGCAGUGUUGGGCAAGUUGGUGUGGUUAUGGGGCAGGGGCGCCCUGCGUGCCUCCCUGCCCCGAGACGUGCCCCCACCCUGCCUCCACUACCCCGCCCUUGGCAGACACAAGUUCGUCAAGCUCCAGAAUCUCAAGCUUCACUACGUGGAAGCUGGGAGCCCUGAGAACCCACUGGUGGUGAUGAUCCAUGGAGCACCUGAUUUCUGGUUCACCUGGAGGAGGCAGAUUCCCUCUCUCAGUCACGACUACUGGGUGGUGGCUGUGGACAUGCGUGGGUGCGGGGACUCGGACACGCCUCGCUUGAGGACCCACUACACCACGCCUCUCCUCGCUGAGGACGUCGCCAGCCUCAUCAGGAUACUAGGUCGUAAGAGUGCACACUUGGUGUGUGCAGGUGUGGGCGGCCAGGUGGGUUGGUACAUGUGUUACCACUACCCACAGCUGGUCACCAAGAUGGUGCUCAUCCACGCCCCGCAUCCCUACGUCAUCCGCCAGCAGGUGAACUCUCUCUGGAUGAACUACUACAAGGCCUGGUAUAUGUUAUUCGUGCGGCUGCCUCUCCUACCUGAGGUAGCGGCUCAUGUGAACGACACCUACCUGGUGGACAAGUUCUUCAGUGACCUCGUCAGAAGCAAGGCCAUCACUGAAGAUGAGGUUGAGGCUUACAAGUUCACCUUCUCCAGAAGAGAGGACUGGACAGGAACCCUUCACCACAUUCGUCAGCUGGACCUACGAGGGAUAGGGGAUAAGGAACCUCUGCCAGAUGUCAUCACCAAGCCCACAUUACUCAUCAUGGGCGAUUCUGACCCUUUCCUGCCCCUGGACACGGCCUAUCGCUCCGCUGAGUACGUGGAGAGAAUCACCAUACGACCGAUGCCAGGGCUGGGGUACCUAACACACGUCAGCCGGGCGCCCCAGGUGAACCAGGUGGUAGGGGAGUUUCUCAGGGAGCUGCCCUGGCGGCCCCUUAGUCCACUGGAACCUGCCAAGACCACAUCCUCAUUCAUGGAUCGUGUCAUGGGAGCUAGUCUAGCAGCCGUCACCUCCACAGUCAACAAGACGACGGGACUGAUGGGAGCAGCGCAAGCGACCUUCAAGGUGCAGAGAACAAACUCGCCAAAUUUUAAAUAUGAAACAUCGAACUGAAGAUGGUCUUCUAGCUGAGAAAGAUUUUCCGACGAAGAUCUUUUAACAGACGAUGGAGUAAAAUUGAGCAAAAUAUUUUUAUCAUAUUUGAAACAAAUAACCUUGAUAUUUCACAAUAUUUUUUACGUUUUUUUUUUUUUUUUUUUUUUUAAAGAUUCAGCAGCAUUUUUAGUAAAUUUCAAUGUGAUUAAACGCUUUUUAUGGAAGAAAAUCUAACUAGGUUCUUUUACUCUGAAAUAUCUAUUAGGUGAUUAAGACACAUAUGCAACAGUUUGGUAUCUUUAUUACUGAAAUGUUUCGCCUACACAGUAGGCUUCUUCAGUCAAAUACAGAGGCAGCAGGUGUAGUAGUGAUCAGUCUGAGGCACUGACCAACUCAAAUAAUAUUUCUCCAAGGAUGAUGGACUAAUUUCAUCAUUUUCAUUUCACUACUUAACCUGCUGCCUCCGUAUUUGACUGAAGAAGCCUACUAUGUAGGCGAAACGUUUCAAAAUAAACAUUGCCAACUGUUGCACAUAUGUCUUAAUCCUCAACUUUUCGGUAUUUGAUAUUUUCAACCUAAGGGGACGCAGAAGUGACUAAAGAAGGUCUUAUGAAAGGUCAAUCUUGUAAUCUUUGAAAACUUGACCAAAUUUCAGCCUGACUUAGUCCAGUCGUCUAAGAAGUAUCAUCUAAGACAGGAAGAUGUCCUAACACAGGAAACACAUCUAAUCGAUGGUCUUCUAAGCGAUUAAGAUUUUGUAACAGAGGAAGAGCGUUGAAAAUACAAGAAACACCUGACUUUUGAAGAUACUUUACCUUGAGGAAAAUUUCCAGAAUGACAUCUGAGGGCGGGUAUAAAAGGAGGCUACCUGGAGGGCAUUCCGGGGAUCAACGCCCCUGCGGCCCGGUCCACGACCAGGCCUCCCAGUGGAUGAGGGCCUGAUCAACGAGGCUGUUGCUGCUAACUGAGGAAGGUCAUCAAGAAUGAAGGUACUGAGGAAGUUCCUGAGAUUGAUACACACUACCAGACGCCUUUUUAAAACAUUACACACAAAGACAUUUUUGUGUGUGUUAGGUAAAGGAGCGCAGAUGCAACUAAUAUGACAUUUUAUCGCGGCAACGUUUCACUCUCCAAGAGCAUUAUCAAGCUUAACAAAGCUUCUGGAGAGUGAAACGUUGCCACAAUAAACUCUCACAUCGCUUGCGUCUGUGUCCCUAUACCUAACUUAUUGUCGGCAAUUCUGCCAUUAUUACCAAAGGCAUUACUGACUGUAUCUUAUGUCUCCUGUGAGGGGACAAAAAAUAAUCUAAAAGUCAUUUAUUCAACUGGAAGAAAAAAUACAUAAGACCAUCACAUGAAAUGUUACGAUAGAUUGGUGAACAAAUAUAUGAGUAAGAGAGGCUGGAUUUGAUUAGUAUCUGAGGUAUUGAGAAGCUUUGGAAAAUAAGGUUGGACAAGUGGAUGGGUAGGAAUGGUUUAGAGAAGCACAUGCCUAGUUUGGGCCAGUAGGCCUACUAUAAUGUUCCUCUACCUUUGUGUUGUUACUAUCUGAAAGACGAAAUGAGACCUCCAAGAAGAAAACAAACUACAAUAUAGUGGCUGGAAUAAUUCACAAAGACUUCACACUUAUACUGAAUUAUUCUGAAGUCACCUGUGAAUAGAUAAUGGUCCAGUUCCUACUGAAAAGUCUUCUGAAGUUUACCCUCCAAACUGAAAGUUCUUCGUCAUAUGAUCUUUCCCAGUAUCAAUGAACUAAUUAACGUGUUUACUGGUUCUCCAGUGAUGCACAGAGAGCUCUAGCAUUGAAUUUUAUCGAAAUACAUGUAAUGCCUCCUGGUGCCUGCUAGCAAGACUCAACAUGCGACUGUAUUGCACUGUGAGUAGAAAGGCUCAACGCCGUGACUGAAAUGAAACACAAAUAACCCACACAUAGGAGACCGAAACUUGUGGCAAAGUUUCGGUCCGACUUGGACCAUUAAUCAUUCGCUAGCCUAGUUAGCUGUUGAACUAACUACUGUAAUAACUUCAUGAAAAUAUAAAAUCUCUCUUGACUACUCGACUAUGCUACCCACAGAGAGAAUGAAGAGUUAGCUUUGUCACAGACUUAAAGAUUAUUAUUAUUAUUAAAAUCAAGGGGGAAGCGCUAAACCCGGAGGAUUAUACAGAGCCUGGGGGGGGGGGACGUGCAAGGCAUUCAGGCUUAAUUCGGGGAACUGGAGCACAGAUCCAAUUCCCUAAAUCAAGAGCCCCUCACCAACAUCAAGGAACCUUCCUUGAGGGGCACAAACUUAAAGAGCUCAGAGGUGGUGUUCUGAGGGCCUUCCCUUGUAGGUUUAGCUCUUCUUUUUGAUUAAAAUAAUCUGAAGUCCUUAAAUAUGAAGUCUGAUAAUAAACAUUAUCUCAAGUAACUAGACAAGAACUUAGUAGAAAAGAUUUUUACAGAUCAAAACAGAGUGAACGAUUGUGAUGUAAAUAUCGUAACGAUACCUUCUGUUAUGUUGAUGAUAAUAUAAUAUAUAUUUUUUUGUUUUAUU